AUGGCGGAGGAAGUUAUUCUUACAGCGAACGACCUUAUCACGGGGCCGCUAUCGCCUGUGAUUCCGCGAGACCUCGCGCCGCGAGUGUUGGAGGGCGUCGAGACGUGCAGCGACCGAUUAAGAGCUCUUUUUGAAUGCUUGCAUGCGAACGAAGUGGAGCCGUUCUGCCAGGAUGCCAUCAUCACGGCGCACAGGGAUGAGGUGCUGCGAGCGCGUGUGAUGCAGGCAGAGGGGGAGGCAGCGGCCUGUCGGUCAGCAGAGGGUAACCAGGAGCGAGUGGAGGCGAUGAAAGGGCAGGCGGAGCAACUGGAGAGGCGCCUCAUCCUGGCCAGUGCCACACCCGGCCCUGAGGGCUUCCAGACGCGCUGGAGGCUGCAUGGCGAGCUACAGGACACCAGGGCAAGGAUGCAGGUGCUUGAAGCCAAGAUGCACGAGCAGGCGUCAAGAGAGAAAGAAAGGGUCAGCAAGCCAUGGUGGCGAAUCAUUUAG